GAUUUCCGGGACUCCGGGACCAGAAAAGAUUUGUCAAAUAGCACUUUUUCCUUCCUUUGAACUUCUUUGUGUGCUAGAAGCAGUUGAAAAGAGGAGUAAGCUUUACCAGUCCUAGAUGUUCAAGCAUUUUCACAAAUAAAUCCUCCAGCAAGUUUCAAAAUAAUUAGGCCCAAGUCAGGAAGUGGAGUUCCUCUGUUGCACAAAAAAGAUGUCAAGCGGAUCUAGUGAAGUUGAUGUGAUAAGAACACGAAUCCCUGCUUAUGAUGAUGAUAACACUGUUCUUUAUGCAUAUGAACCAAAUACUGCAUAUUUCAGUAAUCAGGAAACUGCUGUAUCUGACACAUCUUACAACGAAGAACAAGAAAAGAUAAUUCAGGAUGUCCUUGUUUAUUGCCAGGCCAUCUAUGAUGCUAUUCAAGACCUGGAUAAGAAAUUUGAUAUUAUUCAUGGAAAAGUUUCAAAAAUUUACCGUUCCCGUUCACGUGUGAAGUCAGUGUGGCAAAGUCAUAAACUACAUGGAAAUAGAUAUAAAAGUCAUAAUUACCAGCAUUCUAGAAAGAGCAAACGCCAGAAAAGGAAGAGAAGGGACUGUCCCUCUUCAUUAUCUUUAACUGAAAGUUAUAGCCCCACUAUACCAACAAGCAGGCGGGAUGAUGAUUCCCAGAGCAACACUUUGGGAACAUCUAUUGAGUCCCAGAAGUCCCCAGAGCGGGAGCACGAGUCAUCCUUCCAGGAUCAGACGCCAGAUCGCAACCAGAGCCCAGGGAUCCCCUCCAUCUUCACACAACCCUAUGAGCCAUACGAAUACGAGCAGAAGGAACCCAUGCAGGGCCCUUCUUACUGCAGCAGCCCACAGACCCAUAGCACCAACAGUUCCUUCCCAGUGAACCAGGCCACUGUAACUCCACCUGCAGCCAUACUGCCUCAGAUGGGACCUGAACCAAUACCUACCCCUGACGUUGUGACCUAUCCACCUUUAUUUGAUCCCCAGCCCUCCAGGCAUAAUACCUCGCCUCCCUAUACUCCGAGCGCUUAUGCUCCAACUUCACCAGUUAGAAAUAACCCGGAUUUCUUCAAAGAAAGCUUCCCUGAGGACCCCUCAACCUGGUCCGUGGAUGAAGUGAUCAUGUUUCUGCAAGAUGUAGAUCCUCAGACACUUGAUCCCCUGGUUGACCUCUUCAGGGACCAUGGCAUUGAUGGGAAAGCUCUGCUACUGCUCAGGAGUGACAUGAUGAUAAAGUUCAUGGGGCUUAAGGUGGGGACAGCCUUGAAGUUGUGCCACUACAUCGACAGGCUUAAAGGAAGAAGAUAUAGCUCCAAUUUAUAAACCACGUGUAGGUUAGACUGGACUUAAUUCUGGGGAGACUGAUACCAUCUCUGCUCUGCCCUUAGAAGUUUUUGUUGUGUAGAAGGUUCCUUUAAGAUAUGGUGUAUCCAAAAUAGCAGAACCUGGGAUAGUCCAGUCUACUUCUUUAGAAGCCAUUUAAUGUGUUAGUGCUAGCAUAGUCAAACGGUUGUUUGUCCUUUUCAUUAUUUUCAUUGUAUAGUUUACAGAUAUACUUCAUGCAGGAAACAGAAACACUGUUUGAUUUUGGUUAAUGUUUAGAUGUAAAACCAAAGCAGCCAAAUCCCAAAGGGCAAAAUAGCAGGCAGUGACAAGCUUUCUAAAGAAAUCCAUGUGACGUUUUCCUUAGAAGAAAAUUUAAAGUUGCAACUAUAGGUAUCCUGUUUUUCUCAAAUAUUUUAUGUCUAUUACUGCAAUGUUCUGUUUAUGUUCUACCAGUUUCCCAAAAGGGAAUAGCCACAUAAAUUAUUUUCCUGUUAUUUUUUCACUGUAUGUUUUAUCUGUCCCUAUUUGAAGGAAAAAAGCAGCCUUUUAAGAUUUCAUGAGGCAUUCUUGCUGCUGCU